AUGGGCUGCGUUUUCGGGAGGGACGCGGCGGCGAAGCCGCCUCCGGUGGCGGCGGAGGUCGGAGAGGUUAGGGUUCCGAAGAAGGAGGCGGCGGCGGAGGUGAGCAGCAGCGGCGGACAGGCGAGCGAGGAAGUGAGGAAUGGGGAGGUGGUGGCGGUGGAGGAGGAGAGGAGGUCUUCGCGGCCGAGAGGCGAACGGCGGCGAUCGUCGAGGCCGAAUCCGAGGAACAGUAAUCCGCCGAAGCAUUUGCACGGCGAGCAAGUCGCCGCCGGUUGGCCGUCGUGGCUCUCCGCCGUCGCCGGCGAGGCUAUUAAUGGCUGGACGCCGCGCCGCGCCGACACGUUCGAGAAGCUUGAUAAGAUUGGGCAAGGUACGUACAGUAAUGUGUACAAAGCUAGGGAUACUAUGACGGGGAAGAUUGUUGCGCUAAAGAAGGUUCGGUUUGAUAAUUUGGAGCCCGAGAGUGUGAAGUUCAUGGCCAGAGAGAUUCUUAUUCUGCGUCGUUUGGAUCAUCCGAAUGUGAUAAAGCUGGAAGGUUUAGUGACUUCGAGGAUGUCGUGUAGUUUGUACCUUGUGUUUGAAUAUAUGGAGCAUGAUUUGGCUGGACUUGCUGCAAGCCCUGCAAUCAAAUUUACAGAGCCUCAGGUCAAGUGCUAUAUGCACCAGUUGUUAUCUGGACUUGAACACUGUCAUAAUCGCAAUGUGCUUCAUCGUGAUAUUAAAGGGUCCAAUCUUCUUAUUGACAAUGGUGGGACCUUAAAGAUUGCUGAUUUUGGAUUGGCUUCAUUCUUUGAUCCUAAUCACAAGCAACCAAUGACUAGUAGAGUAGUUACUCUAUGGUAUCGACCCCCAGAGCUUCUUCUUGGUGCCACUGAUUAUGGUGUGGGUGUGGACCUCUGGAGUGCUGGCUGCAUUUUAGCUGAGUUGUUGGCCGGGAAGCCAAUCAUGCCUGGUCGCACAGAAGUGGAGCAGUUACACAAGAUAUUCAAGUUAUGUGGCUCCCCUUCGGAAGAAUAUUGGAAAAAGUCAAAGUUGCCACAUGCUACCAUUUUUAAACCUCAGCAAUCAUACAAAAGAUGCAUUGCAGAAACCUUUAAGGACUUUCCACAGUCAUCAUUGCCACUGAUUGACACCCUGCUUGCAAUUGACUCAGCUCAACGUCAGACUGCCACUGCUGCAUUGAGGAAUGAAUACUUCACAACCAAGCCUUAUGCUUGUGAUCCUUCUAGCCUGCCAAAAUAUCCACCCAGCAAAGAAAUGGAUGCUAAGCUACGGGAUGAAGAAGCUAGAAGAUUGAGAGCUGCUGGCAAAUCUAAUGCAGACGGUGUAAGGAGAUCUCGGCCACGUGAUCGAGCUGUUAGGGGAAUUCCUGUUCCGGAAGCCAAUGCUGAGCUUCAAGCCAAUCUUGAUAGGCGGCGUCUGAUAACACAUGCAAAUGCUAAGAGCAAGAGCGAGAAGUUUCCUCCUCCACACCAAGAUGGAACACUUGGCUAUACUUUAGGUUCUUCAAAUCACAUUGAUCCUAUCUUCGACCCCCCUGAUGUUCCAUUCAGUUCCACAAACUUCUCAUAUUCAAAAGAAUCCAUUCAAACUUGGUCCGGCCCCUUAAUGGAUCCUGCCGGAGUAGGGGCUCCAAGGAGAAAGAAACACUCAUCAGGACAAAUUCAUUCACAGUCAAAGACCUCAAAAAGAGACUCAAAGAGAUAAGGAUUCUGCUCGGAUCACUUAGAAAAAUGCCAUUCAGAACAACUUUUUGUGAUGUCAUGAAUCUAUCUAUGAGGCUGCAAAUGCUGCCGAUUCCGAGCCGGAAAAGCCAUUCAAAUUGCAUGGAGAGGUGAUACAUCUUUUUUUGUUUGUUUUUAAUCUUGUAUUCAGUUUUCUUGGUUCUUUUCUAUUAUUUUUGUACGGGAGGCUUCUUCAUAUUGUAUAUCUUGUUUUUCA